AUGGCCCCUAUAGCCAUGCCUUCAGCUUUGAGCUAUGAGCUCCUUGCUAAAUGCUCUAUUACAAAAGCCCGAGCCGCAACACUCCACCUCCCGCAUGGCCCUGUCCCUCUCCCCAUCUUCAUGCCCGUAGCCACGCAGGCUUCCCUCAAAGGACUCACUCCAGAGCAACUGGAGGAUGUGGGGUGUAGACUCUGCCUCAACAAUACCUACCAUCUAGGUCUGAAACCUGGACAAGCUACCCUAGAUGCCGUCGGGGGCGCACAUAAGUUCCAGUCAUGGCCUCACAAUAUCCUCACAGUCAGCUUUCAGAUGGUGUCGCUCCUCAAGCUCGCGAAGGUGACUGAGGAGGGUGUUCGGUUUCUUAGUCCACACGAUGGAACACCUAUGCUCCUGACCCCUGAGCACUCGAUAUCCCUCCAAAACUCCAUCGGCUCCGAUAUCAUAAUGCAGCUAGACGAUGUCAUUGCAACUACCUCCCCUGAUCUCGCUCGAAUGACCGAAGCUAUGGAACGCUCGGUGCGAUGGCUAGACCGAUGCAUCAAGGCACACAAAUACCCCGAGAAGCAGAACCUCUUUUGUAUUAUCCAGGGAGGUCUAGAUCUCGAUCUUCGGAGAGCGUGUACAGCUGAGAUGGUAGCUCGAGAUACACCCGGCAUUGCGAUCGGAGGCCUCUCUGGCGGGGAGGCCAAGGAUGCGUAUUGCAAGGUGGUUGAUACGUGUACCGCGCUACUCCCAGAGAAGAAGCCGCGAUAUGUGAUGGGAGUUGGAUAUCCAGAAGAUUUGGUGGUUUCGAUAGCCCUUGGAGCCGAUAUGUUUGACUGCGUAUGGCCUACAAGAACUGCGCGAUUCGGAAAUGCCAUCACCGCGCAAGGCGUACUAAACCUUCGCAACGCCGCUUAUUCAGAGGACUUCUCGGCCAUUGAAGCAGGCUGCCAAUGCGUCUGCUGUCGGUCACAGGACGAAGGGGGACUCGGAAUCACUCGAGCCUAUAUCUAUCAUGUCACGGCGAAAGAGACGGCCGGCGCGCACCUAUUGACCAUGCACAACGUGCACUACCAGCUCAACCUUAUGAAACUAGCUAGAGAGGCUAUUAUUGGGGAUAGGUAUCCGGCGUUCUUGAGGGAGUUCUUUGCGGAGUUAUAUGACGAGAAGAGUAAAUAUCCGGAUUGGGCUGUUAAUGCUCUGAAGGGGGUGGGUGUGGAUUUGCUAAUCGACUGA